AUGACAAUAUACGAUAGUGAGGCUUGGGAUAAGUCAGUGUUGCCUAAGUAUCUCCCCGCUCCUCAAAACACCUCAAAGUUCGAUUAUGGAUUUCCUGAGGACCCGCAAGACACGUGGACAUCGCUCCAAGCCGGCAUCACAUUUUUUCGAUGGAACUUGGCGCGGAAUCUCCUACUGGUUCCCUCUGAGGAAAGGCAUGAAUCUAUUGUCACGUCGGAGAGCACGAUAGAAGCUGGACACUGUAUGUUCUAUCUCGAAAUGCAGACCAUCAGUGCUCAAGUGCACAAUGGUGUCUACCAGGAAAGCGUACUUGGGUCUACAACUAAGAUCGAUCCUGUCGGGAACGUGGACCUACAGCACCUCGGGCUGGAUGGAAUUGCCGAAUUUGAAACGGGCAAUAUAAUAUAUACGUACCUGCCUUCCUGUCAGCUUCUAUCGAACCCCACUCAGUGUGAGCACAGCAACGAUGACAAGCCGGUAUACAUUACAAUCCCUCGGCAGCGGUACUUAAGCAUCAUAAAAGCACUUCGUAAGAGCUUACCCAUGGCCAAUGUCACGUCAUGGGAAAUUGGUCUAAUCGCCGAUGGGUUUCACAAUGCAGAAGCAGCAGUAUCCCUCUACAUGUCUCCAAACAUAACGAAAACGAUGCAAACAAUUGCGCAUUACGUCACGGUUGCACUGCGCGCAAACGAUACCAUUCUAGAGCGACAGAAACAUCCAGACAACAACACGGGAAUAUCUACCGACUACGUUGCCCCAUCGCAUCGCGUGGCCGGCACUGUAUACGUGCAGACCGUGCUCUUACAUGUUCGAUGGGGAUGGCUAGCUUUCCCGGUAGCAUUGACAUUGGUUGUAGCGGGGCUACUCUUCGAAACCAUCAGAACAAGUCGAUCUCAAGCUAUCGGGGUGUGGAAAGAUAAUGCACUGGCAAUUCUAUUGAAUACUCAGUGGAAGCCUGAGACGGAAAUAAUGGGUGCGGCAACGAGUAAGGAACUAGGAAUGAUAGCGCAGGGGCUGGAAGCAAAUAUCGUUCAAGGAGAGGGCGUAUCGAGCGCUAGACGAUCCGUGGUCAUACGGAACAGGCGUGUGGUAGAAGGGGAGUGA